GCCACCGUAUGUUACCUCCUUCCUCCCUCUCUUGUCUAUAACCAUGCCAGACGACGUUGUGCUUCCCAUCCCCAACCUCGGGCUUCCGCAGAAUCUAUUCGUCCUCUCUCAGCCAAAGCUCCCGCACCUGCACGAGAAUGCGCGCAAGGAGCUCCUUGCAGGCAUUCAGGCCGAUCAAAUGGCACCAUACUAUCGUUUAGUAACAGCUGCGGGCGCGUUACCGCUAAACCAGUCGCUGCUUGACACGAUGGAGCAGGCGAACAAGGAGGAGCUCGAGAGGCUCGACAAACGCCUUGAAGAAGCAAAGGAGACUGAAGGAGAGUCGGACAUCGCAGAUGCUUUACAAGCCCGCGCGAAUCAUCUCACGCGAAUUGGUGACAAGGAGAGAGCAGCAGAAGCACAAAAGCUGGCAUUCGAAAAGACUGCGGGAAUGGGCUCGCGAAUAGACAUCGUCCUGACGCUCGCUCGCAUUGGCUUCUUCUUCGGGGACUUCGACGUGAUCAAGGACAACCUUGCACAGGCGGAAGAGUUGAUUGAGAAAGGUGGAGACUGGGAUAGGCGGAACCGCUUCAAGGUAUAUCGCGGGCUACACCUGCUGUCGAUCCGGCAGUUCAAGCGCGGCGGAGAACUGUUGCUGGACGCGCUUUCGACGUUCACCGCAACUGAGGUCGUAUCCUACAACGACUUUGUAGCAUAUACGAUCAUCGCGGGUGUGUUGACACUCAAGCGGGUUGACUUGAAGAAGAAGUUGAUCGAGGCACCGGAAGUUAUCCAAGUCCUGCCAGAGCUACCGACGCUGUCAGACCUCAUGAAGAAUCUGUACGGUUCGCAUUACGACAAGUUCUUCGUUGCAUUAGCGACGUUGGAACAAUCACACCUCAUUCCUUCUCGCUUGCUCUCACCUCACGCACGUUUCUACGUUCGCGAAAUGCGAAUACUCGCGUACAGCCAGCUUCUCGAGUCGUACCGCAGCUUGACAUUGGACAGCUUGGCGCGUUCGUUCGGCGUGAGCGUGGACUUUGUUGACAGCGAACUGUCGCGAUUUAUUGCUUCGGGGCGCCUUCAUUGCACGAUCGACAAGGUGAACGGCGUUGUCGUAACCAAUCGGCCGCCGCUGAAGAAUGCGCAAUAUGAGACUGUUAUUCGACAAGGCGAUAUCCUGCUCAAUGCUGUGCAAAGAUUGAGUAAGGUGCUCUAUUGAGUAGAGGUAUUAUGAUAGUGUAUCGUGGUUGUAUUUGAUCGUUUGAACGAUGCGUCUUCAUUUGUUAUUUGUGAUCCGUUGGACAAUGAGCUUGGCCCUAUUGAAC